CAAAGGAGGAUCCAAAGGAAAUAAAAAGAACAAGAAAAUAAAAACAAACACACCAAACAAAAGAAAACUACCUAUGGAGGGAUAAGCCGAGGCAUAGCUACUCCUCUAAAAUACGAUUAAGUUCGACUGACACAUUAUUACUAUAAAUUUCCAAUUAAGUGUCAUAAAUGCUUAUUUAUAGCCUUGUGAAAUCAUUAUCUUUUCUAAUUAUCAACCUUAAAAAAAAAGAAAAAUCCAAAUUUUGUUUUAUAUUAUUGGUCUAAAUUUAUUAUUACUCUGUAUUAAACUAUUUUUAUUUUUUACAAAGUAUUUUUUUUUUUAAAGGAAAAACCUUGACUACACACAUUGUUAUACGACCCAGUUCGCCAAAAUUCAAAGUGACAGUUUCCAAAAAAAAAAAAAAAAAAAAAAACCAAUUUCAGAGAUUAAGCACUCCUCUUCUUCAUACUUCAGAGUUCAGUACUAUUACUAGGGUUCUUCCUAAAUUCAUAUAUUUCCCAUUAAUUUUCCAAAAUUACAGAAAUUUCCAGGCUUCUAUAGCAAUUUCGUUGAAUUAAACCCAUCUGCAACUGUUUGCCAUUUCAAAUUAUGGCUCCUCUGAAGAAGAAAUCAAAGAAGAAAGAUUUGAAGAAAUUAAAGAAGAAAACUAAAACAGUGAAUGUUGUUCCAAUUGAACCCAGACCCAUUGAAUCUGAUUGGUGGGAUAGUUUUCUCCACAAAAUCUCCUCCUCCCCAGGUUUAACAAUACAUAGUGAUGAAGAGGAGGCAUUCAAGUUUUUCUUUAGGGUGUCAAAAAAGACAUUUGAGUAUAUAUGUUCACUUGUUAGAGAGGACUUGAUAUCGAGACCACCCUCGGGGUUGAUCAACAUUGAGGGGAGGCUCUUAAGUGUUGAGAAACAGGUUGCAAUUGCAAUGAGGAGGUUGGCUUCUGGUGAUUCACAGGUUUCCGUUGGUGCCUCUUUUGGGGUUGGUCAGUCCACUGUUUCUCAGGUCACUUGGAGAUUUAUCGAGUCAUUGGAGGUUCGUGCUAAGCACCAUAUUAAGUGGCCUGAUCAGGAUCGGUUGGAGGAGAUCAAAACAAAGUUUCAAAGUUUGUUUGGGUUGCCCAAUUGUUGUGGUGCGGUAGAUGCUACUCAUGUUCUUAUGACCCUACCGGCUGUUCAAACAUCAGAUGACUGGUGUGAUCAAGCCAAUAAUUAUAGCAUGUUGCUUCAGGGAAUUGUUGAUGAUGAAAUGCGGUUUCUUGAUGUUGUCACUGGUUGGCCUGGGGCAAUGUCGGUGUCUAGAUUUUUGAAGUGUUCUGGGUUUUAUAAGUUGUGCGAAAAUGGAGUGCGAUUAAGUAAAAAAUUGAGGUUAGAUGAUGUAGAGAUCAGAGAGUACAUUGUCGGUGGAGUUUACUACCCUCUUCAUCCUUGGCUCAUGAUCCCUUAUGACAACCAAGAUUCUACCCUCAUGAACUCAAAAUAUAAGGAGGCACAUGAGGCUGCAAGGUAUUUGGCUGUGAGGGCAUUAUCAUAUUUGAAGGGAAGUUGGAGAAUUCUUAGCAAGGUCAUGUGGAGGCCCGAUAAGAGUAAUAAGCUACCCAGCAUAAUCUUAGCUUGUUGUUUACUCCACAACAUUAUGAUUGAUUGUAGUGAUAAAUUGCUCUCUGAUAUUGCUAUUUCUGGUCACCAUGACUUGGGUUAUGGAGAGCAAUCGUGCAAGUUUGUUGAUACCUCAGGGGGUACCAUGAGAGAUAAUUUAGCUACCUAUUUGCAACCUAGAUAAAGAAGGCACUGAUUAUUGAUUUUAGAAUGUCUCCAUCAUUGGUUUCCGGCAGUCAUUUUUUUUAAUUUCUUGGAGGUGAGGGUUCAGGGAGCCUUCAAAGGGGUUUUUGUAAAUUUUGGGAUUAGAGAUAAAUUAGAUGAAUGCGAGUGGAGUGUCUGCAGUAUCUGAGAUGCUUAAAGGUGUUUUAUAGCUUGUGCCAUUUGAUUUCUUCUUUUCAAUGAGAAAGAACUCCGUUAAGUUCUUCAAUAUUACAGCUCCCAUAUAUUUUUUUCUUCCAAAGAACCCUGGGGCAAUGGCGGUGUCUAGAUGUUAAAAGUGUUCGGGGUUUUACAAGUUGUGUGAAAAUGGCGAACGGUUUAGUAAAAAAUUGAAGUUAGAUGAUGCAGAGAUCAGAGUACAUUGUUGGUGGGGUUUACUACCCUCUUCUUCCAUGGCUCAUGAUCCCUUGUGAAAAUCAGAACUCUUUGUCCAUUAACUCAAUAUGCAGGGAGACACAUGAGCCGCAAGAUACUUUGAAGUGAGUGCAAAGGGCGAUAGGGGGCUAUAGGGCAUUAUUUCAUUUGAAAGGAAGUUGGAGUAUUCUUAGUAAGAUCAUGUGGAGGCCCAAAAAGAGUGAGCUGCCCAGCAUUAUCUUAGCAUGUUGUUUACUGCACAAUAUUAUGAUUGAUUGUGGUGAUAAAUUGCUCUCUGAUAUUGCUAUUCCUGGUCACCAUGACUUGGGUAAUGAAGAGUAAUCUUGCAGAUUUGUUGAUACCGCAGGCUAAAUAUUUGCAGUCUAGAUAUAAGAGGCUCUGACUGCUGAUUUUAACCAUGUCCAAUUCUU